AUUUUUGUGUCGUUGGUAAUUUUUGUGGCGAAUCGAGGGAAGUUUGAGCGGGCGAUUGACGGGUUGAGGGAGAUUUUUCAUCGAGGAAUCAAUGCACGGACUGCUACGAUUACAUUUGCGAGCAAAACUUGAAAAUCGAAAAAUUUGUCAAGUUUUACAUUGUUUACUGCAUAUUUGGUCCUUUUAUGUUCUGCGUUCCUCCGGUGACCAGCAGUUACUUGCAGUAUUUUUCCUCAAGAAAAAACAACUUAGAACCGUUGAGCUUCGAGUUACCCAUGGAGCAAGAAUUUUACGGCCUACAAAUUCGCUCAAAUUUCGUCCAUUACCACGCCUUCGUGGCGCUCUCGGUGUCGGCCUACUGCGUUUGCUCGUACUUUCUAAUCAUCAAGGCCUGCACGAUGUUCCUCAUGAUCCGGUACAGCGCGCUGACGUACCGAUUGGUUGCGAUGAGGAUUCGAAAAUUGACGCGAUUCUCCGACGCUGAAGAUCAAAGCUCCGCCGUGGAGGUGUCCGACCUGGCCGAGGUCGUUGAGCUGCACAGACUCGCGUACAAUGUCACCAACCUGGUAGAAAGCAUCUGCCACCUCCCGCUGGCCAUACAAUUCCUCACCUGUGUUCUGUUUUGGUGCCUGACGAUGGUCUACGUCUCGACGUCUGUUCAACGUGAUGGUCCUGUUCUGGCUGUCGUUGAUCGAAACGUUCGGCUACUCCUACCUGGGCUCGCAGCUGAUGUAGGAAGCGAACGGUGUGAGCAAGGCCAUCUACGAUAAGCGAUACUAUCGGCUGAUGUUGCAAAGCAUUCAGCGGCCUACUCGGAUAACUGGAAUAAGAUUUUUUUUUUGCCGUGGAGCUGAGAAGUUUGCUGUUUGAAGAAAUGUUGAUGAAAGUUUAAUAUGUUGUAUUUUUUCAAGGUUAUCAACUCAUCCUAUUCAUACUACUUGGUUCUCAAGGACGCUCUUAAACAGCUUUGAAGUUUUUACUUAGAACCGAUAGCUGAACAUUGAAAAAGUUUUUUUUAUAAAUUGUGUAGUACUUGACUUGUGCAUUGGAAAUACUGAAUAAAUAAGAUCGAGUCUCUUCGGAUAAUGGGUGUUUUUGCCGUGGAGUUUGGCACCUUUGGAAGUGUGCUGUUGCUGAAUGUUGAUGAAAAUUUAAUAUGUUGUAUUUUUUCAAGGUUGUCAACUCAUACUGAUUGGUUCUCAAGGACGCUCAGUUCCUUUAUCAAUUGUUUAGUAUUGGACUUGUGCAUAGGAAAUACUAAAUAAAUCAGAUCGAGUCUCUUCGUACCAA